AGGAAUGAAGACGCAGGAAACCAGUUGGGCGGGACCUGGGGCGUGCGUGAAGGAGGCGCGAGCUUCAAAAAAUGGCGACUCGCUCGCGCCGCCGUCUCCGCGUCUUCGAGAGCCAGUCCUGUAGUGAUUCUUGUGAUACACCUUUUUCUUCUUCCAUAGACUGGGACACUGAGGUGGUGAAAGGGUUCUCCCUUCUCGAGUCCUCCGGGUCUAAGGUGAAGGCGUCACCUGUCUACCUGCGGCUGCCUGCGUGGUUGGAGCCGGAGAGAUGUGCCGUGUUUCACUGCGCGCGUUGCUUCGCGGUGCUCGGUGAUACCGUGCACCUCGCCUGGGACCUGUCGAAGUCCCUCGGCGCCCUGGCCUUCUCCAGAGUCACAAACAACGUCGUUUUGUUAGAGCCCUUUUUGGUUGGCAUAGAAGGUUCUCUCAAAUCCAGCACAUACAACCUUUUAUUCUGUAGUUCCUGUGAGACUCCUGUUGGUUUCCAUUUAUAUUCUACCCAUGCUGCUCUGGCUGCCUUGAGAGGCCAUUUCUGCCUUUCUUGUGAUAAAAUACUGUGCUAUUUGUUAAAAACAAAGGCCAUAAUAAAUACAUCUGAGAUGGAUAUUCACAAUGUACAUUUACCAGAAAAGAUUGCAGAGCUGAAAGAGAAGAUCAUGCUAAUGCAUACUCGAUUAGACUCGCUGACCAGGAUUCUGGAGGAGAAGACUCCUAACCAGGAAAACUGAACAAACAAGGAAACAACACAGUCUUGGGUUUCAGAGCAUGAGCAAAGGUCCUGCAACAUGUGACUCUAUAUUUCUUUACAUUUAUUUCAGUACAUUUAUUCCAUAAUGCCUGUCUCUGUAAAUGUAUUCCACUGCUAAUAACCAAUUAGCAUGCAGUGUCCCUUGUGUCCACUGAUGAAAAAAUGAACAGUUGGCCAGGAUAAAGAGAUGGAGUUAACAGUGAUGGUACUUUUACAUGCCAAUUAUAAGAAUACUGAUAAAUACUUGUUUGUUUUGAGACAGGGUCUCUCUCUCUCUAGCUUUGGCUGUCCUGGAACUUUCUGUGUAGACCAGGGUAGCCUUAAAGUUACAGAGAUCCACAUGCCUCUGCUUCCUCUGCUAGAAUUAAAGAAGAAUGUCACAGAGGAUUCAUUUCUUUCUUUUUUUUUUUUUUUGGUUUUUCGAGACAGGGUUUCUCUGUGUAGCCCUGGCUGUCCUGAAACUCACUCUGUAGACCAGGUGAGGAUUCAUUUCUUAUGUAAAACAGAUACGCACAUUUGAUGGUGGUGGUCCCUGCCUUUAAUCCCAACACUCUGGAGGCAGAAGUGGGAGGAUCUCUCAAUUCAAAGCCAGCCUGAUCUACAGAGUGAGUUCUAGGACAGCCAGGUCUACACAGAAACCCUGUCUGGAACAACAACAAAAAAUAUAUAUGUAAUGAAUAACAGUUAAUAAAUGGAAUGUAUUGCAC